AUGGCCCCAGCACCUCAACUCGAGCCUCAUUUUCUGGAUCAAAUCGUUCAAGCAUCAGCUGGAUACAUUAUUCCCACUAUCCUUCUCGCAGCGAAUCUCGUUGUCUACCUAAGUCAAGAUGAAACCCGCCCUUAUGAGCUUCUUCGUCUUAAUGUGACCGAGGCCAUUAAGAUGCCGAAUUCGCUAGCGCUGUACCAUCUUGAAGAUUUUGAGUCUGAGGACUCUGCCCUUGAGAAGCGCAGAAACGUCAGGGUUUGCGAGAGAAUCAUCACUAUUACUUCUCAUUGUGACGGAAUCCUCCAGAUCAGCUCUGCCAUUAAGCAUGCCUCAAACGUCAAGACCUGUUCCACCUUCACUGGACGUGCUGGCCCAAACGGCGACCUUUUCUACUGCUAUCGUGAAACCAUUGCAGGUGCAAUCGAGCAUCAUAUCAAGAAGCACGGGCACAAGAUCUGGGGUACCCAGUGUUUGGAUCUAACUCACGGUGGAACUUGGAACGGGUACCUCCUCAUUGGGCUGGCGAGCAACUUUGACCACAAGGCUUACUGUGGACCGGAAGUCAGCUUUAAGCAUUGUGACUCGGGAGGAAAGGGUGACAUCAACUAA